AUGGCCAACGUGAUUUCGUUUGGUGAUGCGAACACCGGGCUACAGGCUGGGAUUAUUAAUGGACCAGUUACUUUCCAACCUCCGCCUGAGACUCCACCACCUCCAUCCAUCCUCAUACCUUUCGCCCGCGACGCCGACUUUGUCGAGCGAGGGACGACACUCGACCAGGUCCGCCAAAGAUGCGCUGCGCUAGGCUCGCGGGCUGCGCUUGUUGGCCUUGGCGGCGUAGGCAAGUCGCAGCUAGCCAUUGAGCAUGCCUACCGCACGCGCGAGCGAUCGCCUGAGACGUGGGUGUUCUGGGUGCACGCCAGCAACGCCGCCCGGUUCGAGCAGAGCUACCGCGAAAUUGCCGACUGGGUUAAGAUCUCUGGGCGACUGGAUCCCAAAGCCAACAUCUUUAAGCUGGUGCACGACUGGCUGCGUGGUAGCCAGGAGCGGUGGCUGCUCGUGCUGGACAACGUGGAUGACGCUCGCUUUCUCGUCGAUAGCCAGGCUCACGAUCAAGGACAGCCUACUGACGACUCAAAGACCGCUUCCAAACCGCUGCGCACGUACCUCCCCCGUUGCAAGCAUGGGUCGAUUCUCAUCACAACACGGAACAAGGAAGCGGCGCUGACACUAGUGGAGUACCGCGAUAUCGUUUCCGUGGAGCCGAUGGACGAGGUGCAGGCGCAGGCGCUGUUUAAGAAGAAGUUGGGAGUGCAGGGAGUUGACAGCGAUGUGGUUGAGCUUGCAGCGGCGCUCGAGUACAUGCCGCUGGCCAUUGUGCAAUCGGCAGCGUACAUUUCGCAGAGAGCACCCCGAUGCUUAGUGGCGAAGUACCUCGAGGAAUUCAAGAAGAGCGAGCGCAAGCGGUCAAGCCUUCUUAGCCACGACGGCAGCCAGCUCCAGCGAGACUGGGAGGCGAAGAACUCGAUCGUUGUUACCUGGCAGAUCUCGUUCGAGCAUAUACAGGAGACACAGCCGUCAGCAGCAGACCUGCUCUCGCUGAUGAGCUUCUUCGACCGGCAAGGGAUCCCCGAAGCCUUGAUCCGGAGCCGAAGGGAGCAUAGAGACGCCCAGAGAAGUCAGAGAGCGGACGAUGACCGAGACAGCGAUGAAGAAGAUGAUGCAUCGCAAUCUAGCGCGGGCAACGACGCAUUCGAACACGACGUAGUGACCCUGCGAAACUUUUGCUUCAUCUCAGUUGACACCAACGGUACGACCUUUGAGAUGCACGCACUUGUGCAGUUAGCGACGCGCAUGUGGCUUGCUGCAAACGGCAAGCUUGAGCAAUGGAGGCAGCAGUUUAUCAGUAACCUUUGCGCUGAGUUCCCCACAGGACAGUACGAGAACUGGACAGUAUGUCAAGCACUUUUCGCGCACGCUAGGUCGGCUGCAGGGCAGCAGCCAGAAGACAAGUCAUCGCUAGCAGAAUGGGCUACACUGCUCUAUCGUGCAGCAUGGUAUGCAGAGAUGACAGGCAACAUUACUGACGCUGUAACACUAGCUGUGAAGUCAAUGAAAGCGCGGAAGAAGGUGUUGGGUCAAGAGCACGAGGACACGCUAUGGAGUAUAGCAAUGGUCGGAUCAGCAUACAAACUUGGAGGCCGAUGGAACGCAGCCGAAGAGCUGGAGGUGCAAGUGAUGGAGACGCGCAAGACGAAACUCGGAGCAGACCAUCCUUCCACGCUGACCAGCAUGGCCAACCUGGCGUCGACAUUUUGGAACCAAGGCCGAUGGGAGGAGGCGGAGAAGCUA